AUGGAUGAGAAUUUAAGCAGGGGCUACGUCCAGCUGGGCAAGGCGAGGCGCAAGAUGGAAUUCAACUUCCUCAAUGGACGCACUCACCUGACGCCCCCGGUCGACAAGUACAACUUCAUCUACUUGUCGCUCAUCCUGGCCGGUGUCGGAUUCCUCCUGCCGUAUAACAGUUUUGUGAUCGCAGUCGAUUACUUCCAAGCGAGGUACCCCGGCACCACGGUCGUCUUCGACAUGUCCGUCGUGUACAUCACCAUGGCCUUCUUCGCGGUGAUCGCCAACAACGUCCUGGUGGAGACCCUGUCCUUGAACACGAGGAUAACCUUCGGAUACGUGGUCUCCAUAAUCGUGCUCAACUUCGUGGUCGUCUGUGAGAUCUGGUGGGAGCUCUUCGACGUCGCGACCUCGUACACCAUCAACCUCAUCGCCGUGGCGAUCGUGUCCUUGGGAUGCACUGUCCAGCAGUCGAGCUUCUAUGGAUACACUUCCAUGCUUCCAAGUCGUUACACGCAAGCGGUCAUGGCCGGAGAGAGUGCUGCCGGAUUCUGGAUCUCCGUGAACCGGAUAUUGACGAAGGCGGUCGUCGACGACGAGCGCGGCAACACGUCGGUGUUCUUCGGCCUGUCCACCAUGACGAUCAUCAUGUGCUUCGUGCUCAAUCAUUUGGUGAGGAAGUCCGAUUUCGUGCAAUUCUACAUAACUUAUUGCCAAGAGCGGAGGAAAAUCACUUUGGAGCCGGCGGAAGAUCUGGGUCUGAUGGAUCCCAUGGACCAGGUCGGAGACCCCUCGAAGGGCCAGUAUGGGGUGCUGAAAAUUCAAACCAGCCCUUUGGGCAAUUAUUCCGCCGGAGGUAGUGCCGACACGAGGAAUGGUACGAGUCAGUAUACGGCUUUCUCCUUCAGCAACCCCGUUUACGAGCCGAACGCUCCUUCCGGUAACCCUCCAGGAAGUGCAGGUCCUACCUACAAGGUGGAGGACGUCGUGGUGAUGCACGGAUCCUAUGGAACUCAGACCUCGAAGCCCUGGUCGGGUAUCAAAAAGGGUCUCCUGGCGAGGCUCGAAGUGGCCAAGCUCAUCUUCUCCUACAUGGCGAACAUCGGAACGGCGUACUUCGUAACUCUCUGCCUCUACCCGGGCAUCGUCUCCGAGAUAAUCUCCUGCAAAUUCGAGUCCUGGAUGCCGGUGAUCCUGAUGGCAGCUUUUAACGCGUCGGACUUGCUGGGAAAGGUGCUCGCAUCGAUACCCUACGAGUGGACGAGGACGCAGCUGUCGUAUUUCUCCGGAGCCAGGAUACUUUUGAUACCGCUCUUUCUGCUCUGCGCCAUUCCCAGGCAAGCUCCGAUCUUGUCCGGAGAAGGUUACCCAUUGUUCUUCUCGUUGUUGUUGGGUCUUACGAACGGAAUCGUCGGAAGCGUCCCGAUGAUCCAGGCACCCAGCAAGGUGCCGGAAGAGCACCGCGAGCUCGCUGGAAAUAUAAUGACCCUGUCCUACACCACCGGAUUGACGCUGGGGUCCUUGAUGGCGUACAUUUUGGACGCCUGCCUGGGCCCUCCAGUGCAGACCAAAGUGAUCUGCCCCAAACCUCGUCCCAUGGUCAAUGUCCCCAUAAACGCAACCGUGAAUAUCCUGGCCAACGUUGUCACGACCACCAUGCCGAGUAUAGAGAGGGUCACGAAAAUGUCCAAGGUGAAGACGACGACCGCAGCCCUGACCACCUUGCUGACCACCUCUUUCAUGUCCAACGGCACCAUCGGUCUACUAAACGCCAGCAAUGUCGUCAACGCGACUGCUAUCGCGUUUCCAAAAGUGAUCGGCGACGUCACCACGACGAUUGGCAACGCUAUCUUGCAACAUUAGACGCCUCGGCGAAU